AUGGUUGCAAACACAUCACGAUCGAACAAACAAGACCACACAUUUCUCCUAAAAGUCUUGGUUGACAAAGAGAAAAAUAAAGUUGUGUUUGCAGAGGCAGGAAAAGAUUUUGUAGAUGUUCUUUUCAGUUUCUUGACAUUACCUUUGGGGACUAUUGCUAGACUAGUGGCUAAGGAGUCCAAUGUGCACCCAGUGAAAGUUGGUAGUUUGAGCUCGUUGUAUGAAAGUGUGUCACAUCUUAAAGAAAAAUAUCUAUGGUCAGAAACGUGUAGAGAAAUGCUACUGCAUCCAAGGAACUCUAUGGAACAUUAUUGCCAACGACUGAAGCUGAAUAUUGACGACACUGAGCCCAAGAAGUACUACUUUUGUGAGAAAUGGUUGACAUGUAGUAUAAACCCUUCCCUUGUGAGUACUUUUAGGAAUCAACGAUGUCGUUGUGGAAAACUAAUGAACAGGGUGGUGAGUUCCUCAGCUGAACCGAAUUUACAAAAUGGAUUUGUAAAGGAGACUGCUUCUUUUAUCGUUUCUGAUGAUCUUCAUAUAAUGCCUAAUGUUUUUGGAGCAAGUGUAAAUGCGUUUAAGAGGCUUGGAGUUGAACACAUGGAAACUGUUGAGGAACAAACUGUGGAUAUCAGUAAGAAGGAGGUAGUGGACUUGCUCAAGUUUUCAUUGAUUUCAAAGACCCCUAUGACAGACUUAAUCUUAGGCAAGAAACAAAAUCUUGAUUAUUUUACCCCAAUAAACCAAAACCAGUUUGAAAAUGGAAAAAUAGCAUCUGAGGAGGGUGUUAGGCAAAUGGUUGUAAAAGUACAAAUAAGAAAAUCAGAUAGUAAGAUUCUGUUUGCUGAAGCAGAGGAAGAGUUUGUAGACUUUCUUUUUAGUUUUCUCACUUUUCCCCUGGGAGGAGUGCUUCACAUGCUUGAAGGAUUUUCUUCUAAAGCUUGCCUCUGA